CAAUUAUUCCAGAUUUUUUUGCUGCGACCGCUGCUUUUGGCAAUUAACAGACUCACUCGCUUCUUCUUUUUUUCCUCAAAGGAAGCGAUGACAUCAAUUUCAGUGAUUAGCAAAAUAAUUGCAGGAUCAAUCAAUCAAAUUUGCUGACGUUGAUUUGUCUUCCGCUUCAAAUUAAAAACUACUCAAAUGCUCUCGAUUGCACAUCAUUGAACUCUAAACCCGCUCAAGUCAUGGAGCGUUUUUCGCUGCUCAUUUAUGUGAUGGUUUUGGCAACAUCUGCAAUUGUGGUUUUCAGUGAAAUGGAGAGAAAUUUUGAAAGAAUAUCGCGCGAUGUGAUGAAAAUUUUCCUACGCCAGGGCGAGUUUCGCCAAAAUUCACAAAGGAGAGACCUGAAGGCGCCUAAAUCCUCCAUCAAAAAGCGGGCCAGAUUCAAACUGAGGAGCUCAACCAAAAAACCGUCCACGAUUUCCAAUGAAAUGCUCCUGGCAAUGCUUGAAGAAGACGCUCCAGACGAAGCUGUCAGAUUUAAUAAAUAAUUAUUUGAAACUUCAGUAAUUUUAAUACUUAUAUAUUUCAGAUAACUUUCCAGUGUUUUGACUCGUGCUUUCCAAACGUAAGAAUAUAUUAU